UAGUCAUCAAUGUCUGAAGAAAUUACUUAUGCAGAUUUGAAUUUCCAGGACCCCAGUAAGAGAGAAAAUACUGUGGCGUUUGAGAAACUUGAGAUAGAAGCUUGCCCUCCACCUUCUCGUGUAUGGCACCUCAGAGUUUUGAUUUUUCUUUGCCUUCUCCUGAUGAUUGGACUGGGAGUCUUAGGAGGAAUGUUUUAUGUCACAUUCGAGAAACAAAUGGAAAAAGUAAAUAAACUGCAAAAAGGCAAAGAUGAACUUCAAAGAAAUGUUUCCCUACAAAUGAUGGAUAACAUGAAUAACACUAUGAUGAUAGAGAAACUCUUUAUAACUCUGCAAAAUAUGACCACAAAAUUAUGCCGUGAACUACAUAGAAAUGAUAAAGAGCACGAAUGUCAACCUUGUCCAAAGAGAUGGAUAUGGCAUGAUGACAAGUGUUACUUUUUCAAUGAGGACACUUUUGAAACAUGGCAAAAUAGUAAAGAGAUAUGCUCUAAUAUGAAUGCGACCCUGUUGACUAUUAAGAGCAGAAGUGUAUUGGAAUUUAUAAAAUCACGGAAAAAAUUAAAAAGAUCUUGGCUGGGUUUAUCCUUCCCAAAAUGUAGGAUUCCCUUCUACUCCAAAAGCUUAGAUUCAAUUAACUUCUCUGAGAGGUUUAUCAACAGUACAAAUGACUUAAAUGAUGAAAUAUAUUGUGGGUCUUUAGACACUUCUUUCCUUUAUUUUGUGACCUGCAAUAUUAAAUACCGUUUUAUAUGUGAGAAGAUUGCUAAUCCAGUUAAGAUUGAAAGCGUACUAAUGAAUGAAGUACCAGAUAGAAGACGAUAUAGCCCGAUGGAUUCCCGCCGAAGGACAGCACGGAGACCCUGCCAGGCGUCCAGCCCCACGGGACCGCCCCAGCAGUCCAUCGGCCCCUCCCAUCCAGGUUUCUCUCUACCUCAGUUUGAUGUCAAUCACAAAAAUCACAGUUUCAGAUGUAAGUUGAGUAGCAGCAGCAGUCCAGUGGUGGAUGAAACAAUAAGAAACACCAAUCUGAGGGAAGAAGCAGUUGGUUAUGGAAGCAUCUGGUUUGGGGGUAAAAGGGACUUUAGCACAUCUGUGAUAUAG